AUGCUAGCUAUAUUUAAUAUUUAUCUAGAUAACGCGUUUCAUUUAAAUGGUAUCAUUUUGGCUAAAUUACCUGAAGCUUAUGCUAUUUUUGAUCCAAUUGUUGAUGUAAUGCCAAUUAUUCCUGUAUUUUUUUUCCUUUUAGCUUUUGUUUGGCAAGCUUCUGUGAGUUUUAGAUAA